AUGACGAGACGGGACGCAGAGGUGAAAGACCGGUGCGAUACCGGAAGGGAGAGCCCGUCGACAGAUGGAACGGGAAAGAGCAUCUUCCACGUAAAACCGCCUGCCCUUGCAGCCUUCCAUUCAACGCUAUUCGUACCUAGAGCUGCUACCGUAACAACAACAUCAUUGUACCGACCGAUUCGCGGAUAUCGUUUUCAGCAUUUCUUGUCGAUUUCCCACGUUCCGGUACAACACUUUCCCGAAGGCAUUCAAAGCUGCAUAUUCGUCGCAGCAACAAGCGGUCACACUGAGCAAACCCAACCGGGUGUAUUCGGGUGUCUCCAACGGCUGGACCACGCGUGUGUGCAAGGUGGCAUGCCCAGCCGACCAGGCCAGAUCCAACCCACACACCAUCCGGACCCUCCCCCAACCGUUUAUGGAAGCGUCAAGGCGCCGGCCGUGUGUAAUGGAAUCCACAGCCGGCGGCAGAAUUCGGAGAAGACUCCCCUCGCCAGAGGCAAGGACACAGACACACACUCAGACACCCUUCUCCAUCAUGGCCAGGCGGCCCUUGAAACAGCCAUACCCCGGCUCCCGAAACCCGCCAGACAGGCACUCCCCGUUUCGCCCUGGACGGUGCUCAUGUCCGGCGCAACCGCUCCUCGACUGCAAAAGGUAUUAAGUCGGCCGGUCCUCUCGAGUAAACCGGAUGCUGGAAGGACUUCUUCUCAUCAUCUAUCCUCUUUGGCUUUGACACAGAGUCUGUUGCUUGCUUCACGGUUCGCUGCUUCUACGCUCGUCGCUACUACUUCUUCUGCUGGUGCAUCUACAAGUACCGGUACCUUCAGUCCAGACCCCGGCCCUACCAUUAAUAAGUCGCAGACCAAUCGCAACCCCUCGACUUACACCUCACCUCCAAAUUCCCUUUCCAGAACGUUUGGUGCGAGUAACCUGCUGGGCUGGUAUCGGACCAUCCCCAGCCCUUACUUUAACCUCUCCGGCCACCUCGACGAUUUGUCUUCUUUAAUCCGCCCUUUCCUGGCUUUCCUGGACCCGUCUUCGCUUUCCUCCCCAUACUCGAUGGCUUCCACUUCGUACGCUUUCAGCACUUCUUCAGGCUCCGAUUUCUCGACCCCGCGGUCCAGCUCCCCUCACUCAUCUGCAUCAGUUGCGUCCGCACGCUCCUCCCACUCGUCCACCUUCAGUGCAGGAAAGCGCUUGUCCAUGUCUUCGGUUCGGCGCACCUCGGCUUCGAAUCCGAUGUCUUCCGUUGAUCUAUCAACCAUUGAAGAGGCUCUGAAGAUGGCCAACCUCGACACACUGAAAGGCUACUGCCAAAAAACGUACGGCGAGGUCCACCAGGAGACCACUACCGAGUAUAUUUCCCAGGAAGAGGCCCGGGGCUACCAGGUGCUCAACCAACCCCACUGGAACAAGGGGACGUCAUUCACUCCUGAAGAGCGGGUGGCCAAGAACUUGACCGGACUGAUUCCGCACGUCAUGGAGGACUCCGAGAAGCAGGUUGAGCGUGCGCUCAAAAUGAUCCGCACCCGUCAGACCGACAUUGACAGAUAUCUCUACCUCUCGACCAUCAAGAGCCAAAACGUCGACCUCUUCUACCGCCUCCUGAUGGAUCAUGCUAAGGAGAUGAUGCCAUUGGUCUAUACUCCCACCAUUGGCGACGUUUGCCUCCAGUACUCGACCCUCUACACUCGGCCAGAAGCGCUGUACAUUUCGAUCAAACAAAGGAAGUCGAUCCGUACUAUCUUGAGGAAUUGGCCCUAUCCUCAGCCCGAGAUUUGUGUCGUCACUGACGGUUCCCGCAUUCUCGGUUUGGGAGACCUUGGUGUCAAUGGUGUUGGCAUUCCGAUCGGUAAGCUAGCUUUGUACACGGCUGCUGCUGGUAUCCACCCGGACAAGACGCUCCCUAUCGUCCUUGACUGCGGUACCGCCAACGAGACCAACUUGAAGGACCCUCUCUACUUGGGCCUUCGUCAGAAGCGUAUUCCGGUUGCCGAGCAACAGGAGUUCAUGGACGAGUUCAUGGAGGCUGCCGCUGAAGUCUUCCCGGACAUGGUUGUGCAGUUUGAGGACUUUGAAAGUGAAAAGGCUUUCAACUACCUCGAUCGGUACCGCGAUCAGUACAAGUGCUUCAACGAUGACAUCCAGGGAACUGGAGCUGUUGUCCUCGCUGGUUACAUUGGUGCCGUCAACCUUUCAAAUGUUCCUAUCGAGGAGCAACGUCUUGUCUUUAUGGGAGCUGGCUCCGCCGGUGUUGGCGUUGCCAAGCAACUGGUCGAGUACUAUACAAAGCGUGGCCUCUCGGAGCAACAAGCUAAGGACAAGUUCUGGCUUGUUGAUACCAAGGGUCUUGUGACCAAGGAUCGCGGUGAUAAGCUGGCCGAACACAAAAAGUACUUCGCCCGUACCGACAACAACGGCCAUCAGUUCCGCACCCUCGAGGAGGUUAUCGAGUACGUCAAGCCCAGUGCGCUUGUCGGUCUUACCGCCACUCAUGGCGUCUUUACCGAGUCGGUCGUACGCGCCCUCAAGGCUUCCGUCGACGCCGGAGGACUCGGCCGCAGGCCCAUCCUCUUCCCCCUCAGCAACCCUCUCACCAAGGCUGAAUGUACGUUCAAGGAGGCCAUUGACUGGACUGAAGGAACCGUGCUCUUCGCUUCCGGUUCUCCCUUCUCCAGCUACACUACGAACGGUGUAACAUAUCACCCUAACCAGGGUAACAACGUCUACGUCUUCCCCGGUAUUGGUCUUGGUGCCAUUCUCGCCAAGGCUAGCAGAGUCACCGAUGACAUGAUCUAUACCUCGGCCGCUGCCCUGGCCAACUCCCUCAAUGCCGAUGAGGUCAAGCAAGGUCUUAUCUACCCCCGCAUUGACCGUGUCCGUGAGGCUAGCGUCAUUGUUGCGCGUGAGGUGAUGAAGUCUGCUCGCCGUGAAGGCGUCAGCGCCCUACCGGAAGAGCAGUGGCUUGAGUGGGAGGAGUGGGGUGACGUUGACCUCGAGAGGUACAUCAAGCAGCACAUCUACGACCCCAAGUUUUAG